GAAGAAUUCGUUGUUUGGAUUCUGGGCACUGGAUCAGAUCGUUCCAGGCUCCUUCAUGCUCAUGCGGAUGCUGCGCACAAGAAGAUGGAUCGGCUUCGAGAGAGCCAAACAGGGAUGAAACGCACCAUGCUGUUUUGGUCACAGUUGGACUCUGAGAAAGGACGGGAGAGCUUGGCCAAGCUUUGCAAAGAUCCUCCAAGAGGAGCUCUGUCGGUUUGCUGUGCCGUCCACGCCCUCCUGAGAGUCAGUGGCAAAAGGAUCCACUGGAAAGCAGCUGAGCAGAUGAUGGCUGACCCAGAUGUCUUCUUGGCAGAGAUGAAGGCAUACAAUCCAUACGCGAUUCCUGCCUAUGUGCACCAAUCCUUCGAGCACACUCUGACCUUGCCAUACUUCGACUACGACCGCAUGGUGGAUCGGAGCUAUGCUCUGGCAUGCCUGGGAUCGUGGGUCAUUGAUCCUCGGGCUACCAAUUUGGACACAUGAUGAGAAUCCUGUGACGCCGUGGUGCUACCUUGGCAGAACUGAGGCUGCAGUGCAGAGCUGGAAGGAAGCAAAGCAGAUGGUACCACUUGAAGCAGCUGCCCGAAGGGCAGACGCUGCUGUCGCAGCGGCAGCCGCUUCUUUCGCAGAAGCGAAAAAGCUCCCAGAGUGACAUGGAAACUUGUCUUCCAAGGGGACACGCAGUAUGUGUGGCACCCUGGGGGUUUGCAAAUGCCAAACUCAAACUUCAACUUUGCAAAGUCAACUUUGGUACUCAAAGUCUCACCGACCUAUUGGUAUGCCAAACUACAAAAA